ACCUCCCAUCAGGUGUGUAUGCGCGCGCGGAGUGACUCACGUCUCCAGCAGAGAAAUUCUCCCGAAAGCCUCAUUAAACCCCGACGGUCUGCGGCGACACUCGCGUUCAUGACUUAAUAAAAGUGCAUGAAGGAACUUUGACGGAGGAAUUAACCCGCCGGAGUUGAGGCAGUACCAAUGUUUUAUCCCAUGUAUCGGAUAUGGCCUCUGCUUCUUCUGGGAGGAUUCGUGGGGCCAGGUGUGCGACAUGUCAGCGGAAUAGAAAUUUACACGGCGAAAGAGGUGGAAGCAGUCAACGGGACAAAUGUGAAGCUGAAGUGCACCUUCAGUUCCACUCAGCCGUUGUCGGCUAAGUCCGUCACGGUGUCCUGGAAUUUCAGGUCCAUAAAUUCAGCAACGGAUGAGUCGGUGUUUUACUACCAUGAGGCACCAUACCCUCCACAGACUGGGCGUUUUAAAGACCGCGCGGUGUGGUCAGGAGAUAUUAUGAGACGGGACGUUUCCAUCACGCUGCAUGAUGUGCCUCCGACCUUUAAUGGCACCUACAUCUGCCAGGUGCGCAACCCUCCAGAUGUUCAUGGCAGCAAUGGAGAGAUCAUCCUCAAAGUUGUCAAAAAAGCUACCAUCUCUGAGAUUGGCAUCCUGGCAGCGGCAGUUGGAGGCGCCUGUGGCGUCAUCCUGAUCCUCCUCGGUAUCUUCGUGGCGGUGAAGUAUUACAGGAGAAAGCACAUGAGCACGGACAUUGAGAUGCGCCCGCGGGAACACGUGUGGAAGGACCCGACCGUGUGUUCCCCUGAAGAGGCCGCUCAUCUGACAGUUAUGACGAACAAGAAAGACUCUGUAAGUUCAGAUGAUGAAGCGUCUGAACCCAGCAGUGGAGAUGAUGAGGAAGAGGAAGGCCUUGAGGAGGAUGAUGACGACGAUGACGAUGAUGAUGAUGAUGACGACGACGAUGACGAUGAUGGCGGUGGUGGUGAUGAGAAUGGUGGUGGUGGUGAUGAUUAAAUGGACACACUCGAUUGAUUAGAAUUGCCUUUCCCAUUUUUAUAUUCGUCUUUUUGCUAUUCACAUACGGGAUUUUGAUAUUUUGAUGACGUGUAAUUUAUAGUACUUUUAGAGGACUCCGUUUUUUAUGGUCACUGAAUUACAGCGUGCAUUUCUGUACAUAUAGUCUGUUUUUCUUUGUCACAAUCUGGAGCCUACAUUACCCCCAAUGCAACUGGCCGGCCAGUAGUUUGGUCAGAGAUGGGUAUGCUGUAGCUAAUGUAGCCUCAAGGAGGAGCGGGCUACUGAGAACUCGUGGUUCUGGUCUUUACUCUCUAACUCUGCACUUCCAGAUUUUGAUUUCAAACUUGUCGUCUUCAGACCCAAGCUAUACUGACUCGAGUGACAUCAUGUGAGGCAUAUAUCAGACUUAACACUGCUCCCUCUGGGGCCACAAAAGGCUUCAUAGAACCUUUUUUUAGACAUAUGCGGUGGUUCUCCCCAACACCUGUAAACAGACUUGUCUUAUCCAGUGGUGUUCCCCUUUAAUUUAUGUGUGUUUUAUAGAUGUGUGUUGAUGGAGAGUUUGUUGUACAUGACUCUUUGCUUCUUCUGAAAAUCUAUUGCCUUAGAUCAAUGUUGUGCAAUCACAUGAAUGUUCAUGUCAAAUAGAUAGACUAGAUUUCUUUAAGAGAGGAGCCAGUUUAAUUUGUCUCAUUGAUACAAACACCCCGCACUAGUGCGGGUAGUGUUUGUUCAAGGCGUUGCCAGAUGUUUCUCCUAUUCAUUUUUAAAAGCAUCAGCCGAGAGCACACAAACCAACAUUUUAGAAAGAAGUGCGAUUUUGCAGAGGGUUUUGAAUGCUGCUGGAAUAAAACAGAAUAAUCGGUGCCAUCAUUUAAUAUUCGCUACCAGAAAGUCUACUACAAGAUUUAUGAGGGAUCAACAAAGCACUGUGUUUACUACAUUGGCAACAUUGCACAAUUUAUUUUGUAUUUAGUUGUUGUACAUAGUGUCAAGUAAGCAGGAAUUAUCAACUUUUUUAAAAGUCCUGAAAUGUUGUUAUAUAUUUCUCUGUUGAGCAACUGUGGAAUAAAGACCUGUUUUUGAAAUGAUU